AAACCUCCUCACACACUUCAUCGGAUCAACACAUCGCCAAGCACACACUGGCGCUUUGACAGAUUCAGCCUUUUAAUCUGUGUGGUGUGCGGGAGGCAAAUCUGUUCCUCUCUGCCGUCACGUCAAAGAGUCUGCAGAUUAGCUUCCCAACACCACAGCGAGUAGUGUGUCAGUGGAAUACCUGUAAUUCAGUUCAGGACGGAGUAGUUUUAGUUUCUGGAAACAGAAAUAUUCCAGAAGAGCUUCCUUUCAGGCGGGGAUUUGGUUGGAAUGCAUGAGGACUCAACUGGAUCUGUUCAGCAGGGGUUCCUGAAAUAGCUCCAGGGUUCUGGAGAAGGUCCGUGCAGACCAUGCGCCCGCUCAAUAACCCACCAUCUGAGGGGAUUUCUGCAGCUUCCUGACUGGAGCUAUGGGUCAGGUCCAGGCCACCACAGAUAAAGAAGUGACUCUCCAGAACAUUCAGGAGCUGUACAGAAAGUUUACCAGCGAAUGUCCGAGUGGAAACCUGCACCUGCACGAGUUCAAGAAAAUCUUUGGAGUCAGCAGCAAAUCAACAGAGGAGGAGUUGGCGUUCAUUGAACUGGUCUUUAGCUCCUUUGACACUAACAAGGAUGGUAAACUGGACUUCAUGGAGUAUGUGGCAGCUGUGAACCUCGUUCUUCGUGGAAAACUCAUCGACAAACUGAAGUGGUCUUUUAAAGUUUACGAUAACGAUGGGAAUGGCUCCCUUACCAACCAGGAAGUAAAACGUGUUGUCAAAAUAAUCACCAAAAUUAAAAGGCGAGAUGAUCGGAACGUGGAAGAUGUCGACAACAUCUGCGACCGCAUAUUUGAGCUGGUGGACAAGAACAAAGAUAGUCAGAUAUCUUUGGAGGAGUUUAUUGAGGGAACAGAGAAGGACCCGUGGCUCCUGGAGCAGCUCAGACUGGACAUUGCACCCACAGACUGGUUCAUUAAACACCAGGAGAAGAAGACGUGAGUCGUGGUAAAUGACUGGACUCCAGACUCUGGGACUAUUCAGCCUUACCACUCAUGAGGAACCUUUGACUUCUCUGGCACGGAGAUACACUCCUACAACAUAUACACCGCGUUAAACUUCAACAGUUAGCCUUAAUUUUCCUUUGCUGUCAUUCUGGGAGCAGGUUGUGCCCAUUUUCCUUCAAGUGAGAUGAAGGAGUCAUCUGAAAGUCUUUAAAAUACUGUAAAGAAUCACAGAAGAAAAGGACUUCGACCAACAAACGCAGAAACAGUAAACUUUAAAUGGCUCAGUGAAGGAGGAACAACCAGUGUGACUUUGAAGGCCUACAAAAGUAGUUCUCCCAUUUAUUUGCUGGUAUGUUUCACUUUCACUUUGCUUUUUUGCCUUCUUUCUCCUAAAUACGUGAUUCCCCAGACUCACUGGUAUCCCUGGUAAAGACGUGUAAAAAGCCUUAAAAUAAAGUCCUGUUUCGCCAAAAGGAGAGCGCUGCAGCCGAUUUAAACUUCUUCAUAAUGUCUCUGACUGAAGGUUUAAACAGCCUUGGGCCAAGAGCCGUUUUCCUGACUUGAGAAGAUCAAACCUCUGCCUUACUUCAAGGGCAUGUUCUCUCGUCUUUCCCAUUUUCAAGAGCCGCUAAAAGAAAUGUGCCUUGAUGUGCGUCAUAUUUAUAACCCAGAGACACGGGAUGUUGUUGAUUUAAUGAUUGAAAGUUUGUACAUGCUCUGAAAAAAACUUGGAAAAGUAAAUGUAAAAGUACAGAAAAUGCUUCAGUUUCAUUUGUUUCAUGUGAACUGUUCGUUUUUUCCAUGCCUCACCGGCCACUUUAUUAGGUACACCCGUCCAAUUGCU